AUGACCAGAUCAUAUAAGGGUGACCUAAUUGAUUUAGAUCCAGAAAUUGAUAGAACCCUUAGGCGACAAGUAAGAGAACUUAGAUCUCAAGAUAGGGCAGUGACUAAUAGUGUCUUUCCCAUUGUUUUUGAUACUGUGUUUGAGUUUCAACCUAAACUGAUCAAUAUGACCGCCUAUGAAAACAAUGGCAAUGAGAAUAGGAAUAAUGGGAAUAAUACUAACAGAACUAUUAGAGAAUUGGCUGCCCCUGAUGUGCAUUAUCAACCAUUGUGUAUUCAGUAUCCCCAAUUGGAGGCAAACUUUGAACUGAAAUCUGGAUUGAUAUAUUUGCUUCCUAAGUUUCAUGGUCUUGCAGGUGAAGAUCCACACAAGCAUUUGAAGGAGUUUCAUGUUGUAUGCUCCACCAUGAGGCCGCAAGGGGUUGAUGAAGAACAAAUAAAACUAAGGGCAUUCCCUUUCUCUCUUGAUGGAGCUGCCAAAGACUGGUUGUAUUACUUGCCACCUGCUGCCAUUACCAAUUGGGAUGGCCUGAGGAGAAUAUUUCUGGAGAAGUUCUUCCCUGCUUCCAGGACAGCAGCCAUUCGGAAGGACAUUUGUGGCAUUCGACAGAUAGAUGGAGAAAGCUUGCAUGAGUAUUGGGAGAGAUUCAAGAAGCUGUAUUUAGUGGAUGCUGCAUCUGGAGGAGCCUUAGUGGAAAAGACACCAGCUGCAGCCCGGGACUUAAUUUCAAAGAUGGCUCAAAAGGCACAACAAUUUGGUACCAGGUUGAACACUCCCAUGAAGACUGUCAAUGAGGUUGGUUUUGCUGCACCUAUGGACCAAAGGAGAAUAGAAAAUAGGCUGGAGGAACUCAUUUCAAUGGUUCGCCAGUUAGCCCUUGAUCGAAACCAGCCCCAGCAGGAUAACACAGAAUCAUGCAAUGGAAUCCUCCCUGGAAGACCGUUUCAGCACCAGCCACAACAGAGUAGGUAUGAUCCCUAUGCUCCCACCUACAAUCCGGGCUGGAGAGACCAUCCCAACUUCAGAUAUGGGGGUGCCUCAACUCAACCAUUCCAACAGAGGUUCAAUGCACUAGGUCAAAGUAAUGCCACACCAAUGAAGCAACAAGCACAGACAUUACCCAAGACAGAACCGAGCUUGAAUGACAUAGUGCAGCAAUUGGCUGCCAACACUCUCAAAUUCCAACAACGGACUGACACCACCAUACAAAAUUUGGAGACACAGAUUGGGCAGUUAGCAACUAACAUAAAUGAGCUAAGGAGUCAAGGUUCGGGUCAGCUACCUUCACAGCCAAUAUCCAAUCAAAAGGGAAAUGUGAGUGCGAUCAUGCUGUGUAGUGGGCAUACAUUUCCAACAGUGAAUGCUCCAGAGAAGGCACAAGAAGAAACUGGUAGAAAAGAAGAGUCGCAGCCCCUCUCAAUUCAAAGGGCCAAGCAGCACAUCAACAAUGAUCAGGACAAGGGAGAACACCCCUACAAUAAUCCAUUGCCUUUUCCCCAUAGAGCCACUCAAAACAAGAAGAAGGCAGAAGCCGAGUUAGAUAAGGAGAUCAUGGAGACUUUCCAGAAGGUCGAAGUUAAUAUACCACUCUUGGAGGCCAUCAGACAGAUUCCCAAGUAUGCCAAGUUUCUCAAAGACUUGUGCACCCACAAGAGGAAGCUGAAAGGAAAUGAGCAGGUCAACCUUGGAAGGAAUGUCUCAGCCCUAAUCCAACCCGCCAUGCCUUUGAAAUGCAAAGAUCCAGGGACGUUUACCAUUCCUUGCACUAUAGGAGAGCUACAAUUCACAAAUGCUUUGCUAGAUUUAGGUGCUUCCAUUAAUGUAAUGCCUAAGUCUGUUUAUGCAUCCUUGCAGGUCGGCCCAUUGAAAUCCACAUGA